AAUACGGCCGCGUUUGCCGAUCACCGGACUGGUACACGCACCCACCUUGGACAUAAUGACGUUGGAAGCGGCCGGACAAUUUUUCGCAGUGCCGGGUGAGAUGUAGCGUGCGACAUGGAUCUCCAAUCUCCCUCUUUCACCCCCCUCUCCCUUCCCCUCCACGUGCGUCCAGUCGGAGUCCCGACAACGAGGUGCGUGCCCGGGUUAGGAUUGCCAAGCCCCAGCGGCUUUUACCUCAAGGGCGCUUGGCAGUCGACGGUGUGCGGCGCGAGGCGCUUCGACACGCCGGCGAACGUCACCGACUGCUUGAGGCACAAGGAGGUGUACCUGUUUGGCGAUUCCACCAUCAGGCAGUAUUGGGAGUACCUCAACAAGUUCGUCAAAGCUUUGAAACGCUUCGACCUCCACAAGCCCGGGACGCAUCAACCGAAGUUGGCGAUCGACAACGAGAACAACAUCAUCCUGGAGUGGUUCUGCCACGCCUACCCGCUCAUCACGGGGUCGUACACCUACAAGGAAGACGUCCGGCACAUCGCCCGUCGCAUCGACGAAAUGUCCGGCGGGAGCCACGUGGCGGUGGGCAUCUGCCUGGGGGCUCACUUCACCGUCUUCCCGCUGGCGGUUUUCCGCACGCGAAUGCGCAACAUUGGCGAGGCCGUGAGGAGGCUGCUGCUGAGAAGCCCCGAGACGAGGGUCGUCGUCAAGUUGGCCAACACGCGAGACGUCCGCAACCCCGAGAUAUUCAACAACUGGAGCACGUUCAGGAUGAACGAGAUCACCCUGGAGGUGUUCAGGGGCGCGAACGUGGCAUUCGUGGACGCGUGGGACAUGACCGCGUCGAUUAACUCCGCUAAAAUUCACCCCGUCGAGGGGAUAGUGAAGAACCAGGUCGACCUGUUUCUGUCAUACAUUUGUUAGAUUUUGGCGGCGUUCAGUCAAAGAAUCGCCGGGGGAAAUCGUUUUUUUUCGUGGUGGUUUCAAAGUUGGGGUUUUCUGAAAUGGGGGAGAGAAUAACUGGUCACUCUUGUCGAUGUGCAAAAUCAUUAUGGCAUUUUAAAUUUGCUGAUUUUUUUUCCACGGGAUAGAUCAGGGAAGGGUGAGUACUCUUAUUGUGAAAGGGGCGGUGAUAUAGGGGCCAGAGGGGAGCGGCUGUAGGGAAUAGAUCAGAGAGGAGGCGGGUAUGCAGAUUUUAAAAGGGCGGUUGCUAAGGGUAAGAAUUUUCAGGAAGUGGUGCGUUGAAGUUCCCGUCUGUGCGAAUCCGCGUGGCUGUUCCACUCUUUAUCUAUUAAAAAAAAAAACAUGAAUACCACCACCGCGCGACUACGUCCAGUUUGACACGAAACAAAUCACGCACGGAGCGUACACGCUGACGAGUGGGAAGAAGAGCGGGAAUCCCCCGCAGGUGUCACCGGACUGCCCCAAGGUGUCCCCUUCCGGGCACGGUGCAAACUCAUCGUGCCCUCAUCCCUUUCUGGCUGUGCCCCCAGAUGUUGUGAAAUCCUUAACGAUCCAAGGAUC